UGAACGGACCAUUAGUGACAUCCAAGAGUAGUCACAUCAGGUAUAAUAGAAAAAUUCCAACAAACAAGUCAAACAACUGAAAAAUGGCCGAAGACUCAAAUUUACCUAUCUCGGAAAAUCUGAAUACAAAAAAUGGAAAUUUUAUUUGUGGUGUGGUGGAAGGCUUCUAUGGUAGACCCUGGACAACGGAACAAAGAAAAGAUUUGUUUCAAAAAAUGAAGAAAUGGGGAAUGAACUCCUAUGUCUAUGCACCAAAAGAUGACUACAAGCAUAGAGCUUACUGGAGGGAAUUAUACACUGUAGAAGAAGCUGAACAUCUGACUGGUUUAAUCCAAGCAGCAAAAGAUCAAAACAUAAUGUUUUAUUAUGCUUUAUCUCCUGGUUUAGAUAUAACCUAUAGUAGUUCCAAAGAGAUAGCAACUUUAAAGAGAAAACUAGAACAAGUUUCACAGUUUGGAUGUAAUGCGUUUGCAUUAUUGUUUGAUGACAUUGAAUCUGAAAUGUCUGAAGCUGACAAAGAAAUUUUCCAAUCCUUUGCCCAAGCACAAGUUUCCAUUACUAAUGACUGUUACCAACAUUUAGGUCAACCAAAAUUUUUAGUUUGUCCAACUCAAUAUUGUUCAACUAGAGCAGUGCCUAAUGUAACUAAUUCUGAAUACUUGAAUACUUUAGGAUCCAAACUAGCACAAGAAAUUAAUAUUAUGUGGACGGGACAAAAAGUAAUAUCUAGGAUACUAACGAAGGAGAAUAUUCAGGAAUUCACUGAAGUUUUACGUCGACCACCUGUUAUUUGGGAUAAUUUGCAUGCCAAUGACUAUGACCAAAAGAGAGUAUUUUUGGGUCCCUACUCAGGAAGAUCACCUGACCUCAUUCCGAAAUUAAGAGGUGUCCUAACCAAUCCUAAUUGUGAAUAUGGGGCCAAUUUUGUAGCAAUUCAUACUUUAGCACAAUGGUCUAGGUGUAAUGUUGAUGCUCAAAGAGAUCCCUCCAUAAAUGAUACUGUAUCUGCUGAUAUCAAGUUGGAGACUGAGACUGAAGAUGGCCUAUCCGGCGAAGAUGUACCAUCUACAUUAUCUCCAAAUAUGUAUCAUCCACGACAAGCUUUAAAAAAUGCCAUAAAUGAAUGGUUACCUGAAUUUUCCAAGCACAAGUCUGCCUGGGGGCCAAUAGUAAAGCCCCAACCGGCAGUUGCUGUUGUUCCUGUACCUAUUAUUCCUUCUAUAAAUACUUGUAUGAGCCUAACAGCAAGUACUACAACUUGUUCUACCACUACGGCUGUGGUAAAUUCAAAUCAAUUACAGGCUUUAGCAGAAGUUUGUAGCACGGUUUCUUCUUGUAGUGAUAGUUCCCUAAACCCAGUUCCAGGUCCUGUAAUGAACUCCCUUGUAUCUGCUACAAAAGUCAUCUGUAACGAAUCUAUACCUAAUCCCAUCACUACCAUUCCGAUUCCUGUUCCCAUUGCCCAUGCCGAAAACAAAACUGUCACUAUGCUUAGUGGGACAAUAAUUAAACCCGAGAAACACAAAUUGGCUCAAUCUGAAGUCGGACAGAUCCAAAAUAGGAAUCUCAUUAAGGACAAGGAGGAAACUACAAUGAACACAGAUACUAGCUUAAGUAAUGAGUCGAGUUUGAGUCCUUCUGAACCAAUGGAUUGCAACAGUACCCCUAACAUAUCACCUGCUCAUGGUAAUAAAUGUGCUAAUGGAUCAAACGAAGAUGUAGCCAUGAGUGAAAAUUCUACAUCCAGUGGUAGUAUGCAAGUAGAUCCUAAUCAGAUGGUCAUAGAAAACAACAGUGAAAAUGAAAGCAAACAACAACAGCUCACUUCCGAUGAUUUAGCCUUAUUAUGCGAUUUAUUCUAUUUACCUUUUGAACAUGGCGGACAAGCAUUACAAUUACUUCAAGAAUUUAAUUGGUUGAAAUCUAAUGCGCACCUGGUAAUAAUUGCUAACCAGAAAAAAGACCAAUCCAGUCCAGAGGUUCAAGAAUGGUUUUCAAGAGCUGAAAAACUGAACGAAAUAUCACAAGCAAUGAAUGCAUUAUUUAAACAUAUUUCAAGUUGUAAUAACAGAGAAGCUGUUUAUGAUUUGUAUGCUUAUAUUUGGGACAUGAGAGGAGUGGUUUCUUUGCUUAAUUCAUACGUCAAGUGGUUAGCUGGCGGUCAUUUUCCUCCAUCGAUGCCUUCGUACACCCAGGGGACUUAUACAUGGUUCUCCAAAGGAUGGAAAGAGACCUUUAUGAGCGGAGAACAAGAACCAUGGGUAUUCAGGGGAGGCCUGACUGCAGAUUUACAGCGACUUGUUCCCGUUGAUUCUGGUAAUGACCUCUUCAUGUAUAAAGUUCCCGAUGUCCCUACCAGCAAAGUGUUCACCAUUCGACCUUAUCUUCCAACAGACGAGCAAGUAGUUUAUGAUGUUUGCAUUCGUACUUGCAAAGAUGGACUUGAAGAUCCCAUACCCUAUCCUGAAAAUCUCAAGGAUCUUCAUGCGGAUCGACUCAUAGGACCUUACAUUACUCUCAAUCCUGAAUUCUGUUUCGUUGUUGAAGAUGAUUCAGGCAUCGUCGGAUAUGCCUUUGCAGCACCGGACUACAAAAAGUUUAGGGUAAAACAAGAAUUAGCUUGGAUACCUGAUAUGUGUGAAAAAUAUCCUGCAGAUUGUGCCAAGGAACUUCAUAAGUUUGUUCAAGAAUCUGUUUUGCAUUUCCAUAAUUUCAAAGAUGAUAUGUACAUUAGCAGUCCUUCUCAUCCUUCUAGUAUGGUUUGUAGCUUACUGCCUUCUGUUUUGGAUCAGUCAGUUAGUAAACGACUUGUUACAUGUUUAUUGGCAUCGUUAAGAGCAAAUGGAUCUUUUGGUGUUCAUGUUAUAAUGAACACAUCGGAUAGUUAUACUCACGCUUUUUAUGGGAAGUUGGGAUUUAUCGAAAACACACAAGAAGUAAUCAAAGGAAAAAUUGUGAUGGGUAGAACGUUUUGAGAAGUAUUUUCUUCGAGAUGUUCCUGGACUGAUUUGACAGUGAGAGCUGGUCUUUCUUCACAAUUGUUAUUUUAUUUAUAUAAAACUAUUCUAUUUGUAAAAAAUAAUGAAAUUUGUUUUGUGAUUUUUAGUAUUAUAUACUCCCAAGUUAUAUAUUUUGGUAACAAUUUAUUUCAUCAAAUUUUUUUUAUUGUACUAUAAUUUAUGAUUAAGAAAUAAAAAAAGACUCAUUUCAUUUCAUUUUUUUUACAGCGUUGUAUCGUUUAAAGAUUUUAAACUCAUCAGUUUCUUCUGAAUAUCCAUCAUCUGAAAAAAAAAAAACUUUAUUAUUGUAUUUUUGUAAUAAUCUCAAUACAUUUUAAUUUAGGAC